AAUCUGUAACAAAGCAUUUUGGUGCAAGUUGUGUAUACUCACUGGUACUGCAUAUUGGUUUAUAUUUUGCUUGUCUUAAUUAUUUAUCUUCCCAAAAAUGCGUCUGUAUAAACUUGCCAAGUCUAUCUCCAGAUAUGUUGACUGGAUUUUAUGACAAAGCAAUAAAGUGCAGCCAUAGUUAUAAUAAACGGCCGGUCUUGCUGGAAAGCAGUUAACCGAACUUGGCAUGGUCCUAUUACGCUUCUGGACCUGUUCACAAUCGAACGGACCAAGAACACUCCUACCUAUUCCCGAUCCUAUUUACUCUCUUGGACCCAUGAACAAUAGAACUGUCCAAAAAUAGUUUGACCUAGCUGAUUACUGUGUAAACCACUGACUGGUUCUUUCAUAAUUUCGAAUGACUAUUGCUGGUUAUUAUAAAAAUUUCUCUAGUUUUUAAUUAAUAAAUAACUACCAUAUGAUUUAUCGUUCCAUACAUAAACGAAAUAUUUCAAUUAUUUUAAAUUAAUAAAUAACUACCGUAUGAUUUUCUAAUAUGUAGAGAAACGGAUUGUAGCUGAAAAGAACAUAACAAGCGAAAAUUCUAAAUAGAAAAGUAAACUAAGAUAAAAUAUGAGCUUCGUAACUUUUAAGCAAUUUGAGAAUAGGAAAUCAUGAAAAGGACGAUGCACAAUAUCAUUUCGAAUUAAAAUUAAACAAAUAUUUUCUUCACCUUCUAUUUGAACAUCUUAUAAUAGCAAUAUAAUAUAUGUUCAUAAUGUCAGUAAGUGUAUAAAUUAUGACUUCAUGCUAGAGGGAAGAAACAUGACAUACAGAAUAAAAUAAUAAAUAUAGUACCUUUCUCAUGAACGACGAGCAAGUUAAAACUUCUAAUUUACCCUCAAUAAAUAAAGAAAAUAAUGCCUUACCGAACUCAGCAUUGACCCAUUGAUUAAGCCGGUGACCUAAUAGAGUCAUUGUGCAGUUGAGUGUCACAACUAUGAAUUGAACACUAUAAAUGUAAAGGCUUGGAUGUUAUUAUUUUUGAAGAAUGAUUUCUGCUGUGUUUUCUUGAUCUCUCUUGAAACUACAAGUCUUACUUUUGAUGCUGGCUUGUUUUGGAGUUAAUGAACGGUGUUGAUGCAGAAUGGGAUAGUGAGAGUACAGAGAGAUUGUCGGAAGAAUUCAAUAUUGUUCAACUUUUCAAUAAUCAGUAGUCUGCAUAAUUAGAAAAUCCUACUCCUAUUUAUUCUGAAUUCCAUAAUAAAAAUGGAAAAUUACCAGACCAAUAAUAAUGGCUUAUUUCCUAAUUUUAACCUGAUAGUUAUGAAAAAUAAAUAAAUCUAAACACAAUCAAAUAAAUUAAAACCAAUCAAAAUAUAAUUCUAUACUUGUGCCUAGAAAUAAAUGUUUGAUGUAUGGCAAGUCCUUUAAGAAUAUCCAUGUUAGUAUCUUCAUCAUGGGGUCAGUCUUGGAAAUUUGAUCGGCAGUGGUUAGUGAUGGACCGAGCGGCAAACGAUCAAAGUUAAUUGGUUGUUUUGGUGUUAUAUAAUAGCGGUGUUAUUUAUAGGUGCUGGUCUGCAGUAUGUAUUAAAGGUGCAGGGGAUGCUAUCACGAGGGAAGUUCGAUGACUGAGGUGAGGUGAAAUGGAAGUGUCUAGAUCCUAGAUCUGAGAUAAGGAAACAAAUGAAAGGUCGCUUUGAAUAGUUUUUGCGACAAUUUUAUUGCUGCAUUAGGUCUUCAAGCUUGUCGUUGAAGGACUAAGCUGCAAUAAUGAUCCAAGAUGAUGAAUUAUAAACAGAAUGGGUUAAUGCUGCAGUGAGGAUUGCUAUGGUGAGGGGAGUUCAAUGACUGAGGUGGGAGGUGGAAUGGAAGUGGUUAGCUCUCAGAUCUGAGAUGGGGAAACAAAUGAAUGGUUACUUCGAAUAGGUUUUUUCAACAAUUUUGGUGCUGCUUCAGGUCUUCAAGCUUGUUUAUGUAAUGGCAGUGGUGGCACAAACCCGUCAUGAUGAAGAUCAUGGAUUGAAAUUAUGGAGAUUGAGAGGAAGAAGAUAGGGUUUCCUUUUGCAAUUGGGUCAUGUCUUUACAAUGUCAAUAUUUAUUAUGAAGAUUCUGCACAAGGUAAAAAAAUGACAAUAGCAGUUGCAGUUAGCUUGGUGGGAGUAUGAAUUUUUCAUCUUUGGAGAUAAAGAUUGGUGGUUCUUUUUCUCUCUCUCUUUUUUUUUUUUUUUGAUUUUUUGGUCUUUUUAUGCAAAGGGUAGAGGGUUUAUGAAUUGUUUUGGAAUUUUUUUUUUAAUUCCAUCUCAACACUGAGGGGAGGACAAUGUUAUUUUCAGAACCUUCGUUUGUCUACCUUCAAUUGACCCUCAGGGAGGUGCAUGUAUCUUUUUUCUUUUAUGCAUUCUUAAUCUCUAUUGACGGAAUCCAAAUCUGUACGUUCCCCCUUUUUUUGUUAAUCUUGUGAACGCAUUAACAGUAUUGAUAUUACUCUUCUUGUUUGGAGUUUCUAGACCAUGAAGAGAUUGAAUGUGCCGGUUUUUCUUGUGUCUGUCGUUAAUAAUUUAGUUGUCAAUGUUAUUUGUUGUGUUCUUAUGGAUGGCAGUUUCUAUGGCCUUUCAUCUUAUUUAAAUAGACCUAUCUUUUACCUGCUUAUUCUUUGUUUUAUUUUCUUGGUUGGCUGGCUCUGUUGUUUUAAAAACGACUACAAAUCAGCUGUGUAUGUUGGUUUAUGUUAUUCUAUCGCUUGUUAUCUUUUUGUGGCUACAAUGAACUCUUUCAUUUUGAUGCAUUUGUUCUCUUUAUACUAUGGAUUAUUUUAUGCAGGUUGAAUUGGAAAGAUUGCGUCUUCUAUGUGAAAGAAUUGUCAAACGAGAGAAAUUGAAACGUGAAUUGGCUCUUUGUUCUCAUGGUAUUCUUGCUUCAAGUCGAGACACUGUUCUGUCUGCUUUGGCUCGUCAUCCUUUUUAUCAACCUGAUGUUAGUUCAGAAUCUGCUACAACCUCAAUCAAGGGUUAUACCACCGAUGACUACAAACCAGGAAGUGAAAUAGUGCAAAUAGCAGAUGACAUGACAGUAGAUAGCACUACUUCAGGUAAAAGGCGAGUUAAGCUUUCCAUGUUCACGGACAAUGACGGAAAAACAGAUGACAGUUCUACAUCCCAAAACCUUUCGACGCCAAAGCCUAUUGAGAGGAUUUCAUUUUCUGGGAAGCAAAUUCCGCAGAGACUUUCUGUUGCAUCAAGGAAUGUUUCGGAUGACACGGAAAAGCGUUCAAAAUAUAGAAAACAUACUGAAACUUUGGCAAAAGAGUUGGUGAUGACAUCAGAUCAAGCAUCUAUGAAGAAUCAGCGGCUACCUAAAGGAUUUGUUUAUGUUCCAAUUCGGUCCCUUCCUAAGGACAAGGAGACAACUCCAGAUUUGAGUUCGCAGGAACCAGUUGAACAAAAUGGAUAGCUCGAUUCUUUGAAAUCCCAGAUGCAUUUCUGGAUGUUGGGAAAUUCCCAUUGUGGAAUGUUCUCUUUCUUGGCACUAACAUGUACUGUGCUCGAGAAUGGCUGGCCUCCCUCGUCUUGACGGGGAAUGUUGUACAUGCGUUGUCUGAGGACGUACACUGUACAGUGGGUUAGGGAAGUAUUGCCAUUGCAUGCAUCUCAAUUUGCUCUAGUUAGGUUGCUUUUUACCGAAAUUUUUGUUUCUUUAUUUUCCUUGCUGGAAAAGGCAAUUGAAGCUAUGCUUGUAAUUGUAUAAAUCUGUGGGAAGGUAUUGCCGCCUCCCGGGCUUUGUAAAGUCAGUGUAAAUAUGAACUUAUAUGUCAACAUUUGAAAAGAAUUGGCUCAGCAGAAAAUUGAUGGUAGAGUAAACAUCAUUGUUAGCCGUUUG